AUGGCAACAGCUCUGCCAACAUUCCCUUCCUUCGAUCCCAACGCGGACCAGGGAGCACCCGGCGUCAGAUUUAAGAAAUACAUCGCUCGUUUUCGAAAUUUGAUAGUCGCUACAGACAUCGAUGAUCCCAAGCGUCAAAAGGCGCUCCUAUUACACUACAUUGGUGAAGAAGUCAAUGAUAUCUUUGAAACACUCACAGUCAGUGAACCGGCUGAAGGAGAAACAGUUCUAGACGUCACAAUUAAAGCACUAUCUGAAUACUUUACACCGAAGCAAAACCCUGUAUUCGAAUAUAAAUUUCGCAAUGCCAAACAAACCCAAGACGAAGCUCUUAUGACGUACUAUACACGACUCAAACAACUUUCCCUCACCUGUGAAUUUCACGAUGCCGGUCGCGAAAUCAAAUCUCAGAUCAUCCAACACGGCCGUUCGCAACGACUUCGACGAAAAGCUUUAAUCGAUCCAACUAUAACCCUGGCAAAACUUCUAGAAAUGGGUAAAGCGGCGGAGCUAGCCGACUCGCAAGCAGCGAACUUAGAACGAACAGAGAACAUCAGCCAUUUCACAACCGGAAGUAGCAAAAACCACAACAAAGCACGCUUCCAAUCCCGGAGCCCCGGUACCAGGGUGAAAUGUCGUAAUUGUGGGGGCACAUACCCGCAUGAAG